AUGGCUCGUGUUUAUGUUGGGGGCCUGGACCCCAGGGCAACGGAGAGGGAACUCGAGGACAUCUUUGUCAAAUUUGGAGUGCUGCGCAGCGUCUGGGUGGCCAGGAAGCCGCCUGGCUUUGCGUUCAUUGAGUUCGACGACCCCCGCGACGCAGAUGACGCGAUCAGGGAUCUUGAUGGGAAGAAUGGGUGGCGGGUGGAGUUGUCACGAGCGCGGGACGGCCCUCGCAGGGGGCGCGACGAGGAGUCCAAGUGCUAUGAAUGUGGGGAGUACGGCCACUUUGCUCGGGAGUGCAGGAAUCGUAGGGGUGGGGGUAGGGGCCGGUCGAGGUCCCCUGGCUACCGGCGCAGGUUCGGUCUGGACCCGGUUACAAACGGGUUACAAAAGGGGUCAGAGUCUCGGUUAGGCACCACCAAGCCCCCAAAGUUAGCUUUUCGGUUAAGCCCCAAACCCGGCACUAACCUGCCCCCCAAUACAUGUGCCCGCAGUUCUCACCGGUCCCCCAGCCCGCCGGUCGCCCAGCCGCUAAAGUCCCAAUUUGGGCAGCCACGUGUCACGUCUCCAGCCCCCCCCGCCGUUCCCGCUCUCCCCCCCCGCGGCGUGACAGGGACGACUCACUCCCCCGGCGUGAUCGGGAUGACUCGCCCCCGCGUCGCCGUAGAGACGACUCCCCCCCCCCGGAUCGCAACGACGACCGGAAGCGCGACGAUGGGGAUCGCAGGAGCCAAGACUAACGGGGAAACGGAGUACGGUCGCUGGAGGGCCAAGAGGCGUGAUUCGGGGCUGCCCAGUUCGGUUUUGCUUGGUCUAACAGAGAUUGGUGCAAUUGUAGCCGGCUCCCAGAGCGGGAGAGCGAUCUUUACCAUCACGGCAGUGUACCCUAGAACAACUUCAGUCGGCUUCUUCAACAAGAGCUCGUCGCCUUAGGAGUGCUCCAUCGGACUUCGGUAGUGCGUCGUCGGACUUCGGUAGUGUGUCUCCGGACUUCUACGUCAUCGUCGCCCGUCAGACCUCUGCAUCGUCUUCGCC